GCGGGGCGGGGCGGGCCGCGCACAAUGGGCCAUGGAGUUCCCUUUCGAUGUGGACGCGCUGCUCCCGGAGCGGAUCACUGUGCUGGACCAGCACCUGCGGCCCCCGGCCCGCCGACCCGGAACCACAACGCCUGCCCGUGUUGACCUGCAGCAGCAAAUUAUGACCAUUGUUGAUGAACUGGGCAAGGCUUCUGCCAAGGCCCAGCAUCUUCCUGCUCCAAUUACUAGUGCAGCAAGGAUGCAGAGUAACCGCCAUGUUAUUUAUGUGCUCAAAGACACUUCCGCCCGACCGGCUGGGAAAGGAUCCAUUAUUGGUUUCCUCAAAGUUGGAUACAAGAAGCUCUUUGUACUGGAUGACCGCGAGGCUCACAAUGAGGUAGAGCCACUCUGCAUCCUGGACUUUUACAUACACGAGUCACUGCAACGUCAUGGCCAUGGGCGAGAACUCUUCCAGCAUAUGUUGCAGAAGGAACGGGUUGAACCACACCAGCUGGCCAUUGACCGGCCCUCACAGAAGCUGCUGAAGUUCCUGAAUAAGCACUACAACCUGGAGACCACAGUCCCACAGGUGAACAACUUUGUGAUCUUUGAAGGCUUCUUUGCGCAUCAGCACCGGCCCCCCGCUCCCUCCCUGAGGGCCACGCGACUCUCUCGUGCUGCCGCAGCAGACCCCACACCCACUGCUCCAGCCAGGAAGCUGCCACCCAAGAGAGCAGAGGGAGACAUCAAGCCAUACUCCUCUAGUGACCGAGAAUUUCUGAAGGUAGCUGUGGAGCCCCCUUGGCCCCUAAACAGGGCCCCGCGCCGCGCCACCCCUCCAGCCCACCCGCCCCCUCGCUCCAGCAGCCUGGGGAACUCGCCAGAACGGGGGCCUCUCCGCCCCUUUGUGCCAGAGCAGGAGCUGCUUCGCUCCCUGCGCCUCUGCCCUCCACACCCCACUGCCCGCCUUCUGCUGGCCACUGACCCUGGAGGCAGCCCAGCGCAGCGUCGCCGGACCAGCUCCCUUCCCCGCUCUGAUGAGAGUCGAUACUGACAGCUGCCCCCUUCCUCCCUGGGAGACUGGGGCAGGCAGAGACCCCUCUCCCUGAGCAGCUCAGACCCUGCUUCCAUUGCAUCCUCCAAACCCAGUGGACCCUGUCAGAGCCCUAGGAUUUCCUCUUCCUCUCAGACAACUAGGUUGUCAGGGUUCAAAUGGCUUAAUACUUUGUAGCUUUUCUAAUCACAGAAGGGACCCCUGUUGCCCCAACCUGGGCUCCGCUCUCCACAGCCUGAUCUGUUGCCAGACCCGAUGCUGGGGUGCUCAGACCACCUAGAGAAGCACAGGCUUACUUACCCAUCAGACUAGACCACAUGUUAGACAGAGGCCUCCUCUGCCAAGGAACCCUUUUCAGGAUUUCCUGUCCGUGGAAUAGUCCCAUACACUGCUCUGUGGUGCCAGCCAAUGCACAAGCUCUGCUUCUGAGCAGCCCAGCUAGGUAGGACAGGGAUUCAGCAGCUCCCCAGUGGGGUCUGCUCAGUGUUGCCAAACUCUUCAUUCCCCCGUGUUUUGUCAGGGAGCCCCCAAACUCAUGUUGCUCUGGGGGUCUCUAAAGGAGAUCCACUGAUACUACCAUUUCUCCCGGAUCCAGACUCUCUGAAGGAGUUUACCUUUUGGCAGUGGAUCCCAGCAAAUAACUGGGAUCACUCUCAGCCAUGUCUCUGAAAUUUUAUUUAGAUCCUGAACUGCCCUUGAGUCCAUCCCUCCCUGGUAGCUAUGCUCAUUCCCUGUCUGGUGAGACGUUUUGAGAUGGGGUGGGGCUCUGCUUCCCCACCUCCCCCUCUUCUCCUCCCAACCUGACCCAUGCCCAGGGUCCAGUCCGACCUCCCCUCCCUGCCCUGAGUGUGUGGAUCAGGUACUCCCCCACGCUCCCUGUGUCCCUGGGAGCAGGAUCUCCCUCUCAUCCUACUUCCUCCUCCCUUUUCUUCUCCCCCUCAGUGUUGUCUGAAUAAAGUGAACUUUUUGUGUUUUCUAAACUGACAUUUUCAAUGAAAAAAAACUACAAAAAAACCAA